AAAUUAAACUGACAUCUGUCUAUCGUGUGUUUAUUUAUUGCUCGCGUGUUUGUGUUCGAGUGAGUUUUUAUCGCAAAAAAUCAUAAAAUGCAAGAUAUAUUCAAUAAAGUGCCAUGCAGAGAAAGUCAGAUAAAUGGUUUGAUUGAUCUACUUGGUGAUAGCGAUGAACCGUUGCCGCCUUGUAUAUUUCUAAGUGGAAGUAUGGCUACUGGUAAAACUUUAUGCGUAAACAAAGUAUUAGAGUAUUUAAAUUAUAAACAUGUAAUAAUUGAUUGUAUAGAAUGCUACACCUCUAAAAUAAUGUUCGAGGAAAUAAUAAACGAACUUCAAGAAUCUGAUGCCGAUACAAAAUGCGACUCAUUGUCAGAUCUCAUAAAUAACUUAAAUAAUUUAUACCCAAAAAUAAAAUAUGAGCCAGUUAUAUUGGUAUUCGAUAGAGCAGAGAGAUUAAGGAACAUGGACCACAGCAUAAUGUGUACAUUUCUUAGAUUAAAAGAAUUGUGCAAGUUAAAUAUAUGCACAAUAUUUGUCACACAGCUGAUAUACGAUAAUUUCUAUUUCAAAAUGGGUGUACGAGAUCCGAUAAAAUUGUAUUUCCCGAAUUAUAACAAAGAAGAAUUAUUCAAAAUCAUUUUCUUGCAUCAUAAGUCAUUUGUGCGACACUUGAAGAGUAACUAUGAAAUAGACAGUGAUAUCGAAGAAGAACUUGAGAAGCCAGAAUUGUUUGCAAACUUUCUUAACGCAUUCUUGAGCGUGUUCUACCGACCGUGUCGUGAUUUGAUCGAACUGCAGCACAUGGCGAGAGUGAAUUUCGUUAAAUACUGCGAACCAAUUAUAAAAAAUGAAAUCAGUGCAAGCGACUUGUCCAAGCUCUGGCGCCACAUUGCUCCAAUACUCAAAACAAGCCUUGAACUGCUAUAUUUGAGAAUAAGCACUCAAAAACUGGCUAUCCCUUCCCCAGGUAAAGAGAACAACAAUUGUAUGGAUAUAAACAACUACCAAUUUGAGAAUACAUUAAAAGAAGAACUCAUGUCGACAAAGACAUUUGCACAAAGUUUUGAGCUACCAUACUAUGCUAAAUACCUCCUGAUUGCAGCAUAUCUGGCUAGCUAUAACCCUCCAAAGGAGGACAAGCGCUUGUUCAUGAAAAAUCAUGGAAAACAGAGAAAGAGAUUACAACAAGUGAGAGCGAAAGCAAAAAUUACUGAAAAACUAAAUACACAGCUUGGUCCCAAAGUAUUCACCCUAGAUAGGCUUUUGGCAAUAUUCUAUGCAAUACUUGAAGAAAAAAUUGGUCUAACAAGUAACUUAUUAGCACAGAUCGCUACUCUGGUUGAACUAAAACUUAUUGCUGGCAAUAAGGAAAUAGAUUUAGACUCCUCAAAGUAUAAAUGCAUUGUUGGCUACGAUUUUAUAUCUGCCGUUGCACAAACUGUUGGCUUUAAUGUUAGAAAGUAUUUGUACGACUUUAUUUAAUACUUUAUAACUGGAAAUAAAAUAUUACAAUCA